ACACAAAACCAGCGCCGAGCUUCAGGAUCCAAGCGCGUACAGAAGGACAAUUCUAAGUUGGAUUUUGACUGUCUUCGACGAAUCCAUGUUAAAAGUAUUGGUGUAGUUGAAAUGCUGAUCUGACACAUCCUCAUUCGUUACUCCCUAGCAAAUUCAUCCAGCUUCCUUCCGGAUGGCCGGAGCAGUGAUGGACAGCAUCGUGAUCCUGGAUGACGAUGAUGAAGAAGCUUCCUCCUCUCCAUCUACGUCAUAUUCUCAAGCUCCAAACUGCCAGCGAGGAACGCAGCUGAAGAAACCGCAGCCACAGCCAACACACAUCACACAGUCUCCAUUUGCCACCGCGAAGAAAGACACUCGAGUCCUACAAGUGGAAAAUGAAAAACUGUUUGCAGACUUUGUGGAACAUUGUGCCAAACAUGCGGAGGAUCAUCCGGAGGUCAUGACCUACCUGCAGUCCAGAUACUCCAAGGCCUUGCCGACCUUCCUGUCAUCGGUGGAGUUUCGUAACACUUUGGGCCGCUGCCUCACACGCGCGCAGGCGAACGCAGGCAAAACUUUUGUCUACAUUAAUGAACUCUGCACAGUUCUUAAACAGCACACAGCUAAGAAACGGACGUCUGUACAGCCCCUUCCUUCUGAGGGGAAAACAGAGGAGAAGAGCAAUGGAGAUGUAAAACAGGAGGAACAGGGUAAAGGAGAAGAGGAGAAACCGGAGGAAGAAAAGAAAACUAAAAGGGCUUCAAGGAGACAGAUAGCAUACCUGGAAAACCUCCUGAAGGUUUAUAAUGAAGAGAUCAAACGCCUUCAGGAAAGAGAGUUGAAUCUGGAGGAUCUGGAGAAAGAAGACUCCAGUUAUAUUCAAGAGCACAAACUCAAACGCAAGAUGAUGAAGAUCUAUGAGAAACUGUGCGAGCUGAAGGGUUGCAACACACUGACGGGUCGAGUGAUCGAACAGAGGAUUGUCUACAGUGGCACACGCUACCCAGAGAUCAACAAAAAGAUUGAACGCUACAUUAACAGCCCUGAAGUUCUUCAAAAUCCUCCUGACUACACAGAUAUGCUAAAGGUCGUGCAACGCGCCAAUGACCGUUACAAUCUCCUGCUCAGCCGUAAACAGAUAACCCAGAUGGCUCAGGAAGCGUUCAGAGAAACGGGCAACAAACUGCAGGAGAGACGGCACCUCGACAUGGUCUACAACUUCGGCUCCCAUCUCACCGACUUUUACAAACCUACGUUAGACCCUGCACUUUCUGACCAAACCCUGAAUCGAAAACUUCGCUCCAAUAGGGACGUGGCACUCAGCAACUUGGAAGAAGUGAUCAGUAAAUACGCCAACAAACAGGAAGACGUGGAGGUAGAGGAGACGAGGAAGAAGCAAGAGAAAGACAAGCUGAAAAAAGAGGCACUAAACGGACAACAGAGUGACAGCAAAGAAAAAGAGAGCGAGGAGCAGGAUAAAAAAGAGGAAGAGGAGGAAGAUGAUGAUGAUGAAGAAGACUGUUCUUCUGAUCCUGAUAUCGAAGAAGAGAUCCAAGCCAGCCAGGCACAAGUUGGUCCAGAUGAUGAUGAAGAGGAUGUCGAAGAGGAGCAGGUAAACAACAGUGACAGUGAGCAGCCAAUCAACGAGAGCUCUCCUCUGUCAAUCAAAUCAUCUCUCCAGGAUACAGAAGAGGAUCAGGGUGAGGUAGGAGACGAUGACCGGCAGUCUCCGGUCAGCAGCAUGAGUGAGGCGGUUACCACAGAAACAACCACAGAUGUCGGAGCCACUAAACAAAGUACUCUGUCUCCGGAGGCCAUUGGUCAAUCAGAGGCAGUGGACUCUUUACCUGUCAAGACUGAACUCGAUUCCUCAAAUCACUUUACACCUGUGUCUAAAAGCACAAGGAACUGCACUGAAACCAUUUCCACCAAUCAGGACUCCCCAGUCGUCAUGAGAUCGGCCAAUUGCAGUCCGCUACCUCCGAGCCCUGUGUUUAUUGACGAGAUGGGCAAAUACAAGAAGAGGAAACGCACUUCAAAUGAGAGAAACGACGCUGCUUACAAUGGGAACGACACACGGGACAGCAGCAGUUACUGUGAUAUACCUCUGGAUAUGGGUGUGUACUCCAGCCCUGAACGUGUGGAUUUAACCAGGGCGACAACUCCAACUCAGGACAAGAUCAACAGCUUAAGACUCACACCUCCACCCAAGAAAAAUAAGGUGAACAAGGCAACUCAGUGUGACCCAGAGGAAGUGAUUGUUCUUUCUGAUUCAGAUUGAGCCUGGGAAUCUUCCUAUUCCUGCUCCAAUAGUGCCUGCCAAUGUGAACAUAAAACCAAUUUUAUUUCAUGUUUUUGGGAACUGAUUACACUUGCAAUGCAACAUGUUUUAUACAGGGAAAAUGCCAUUUCAUUGUUCAUUUGGGCUCUUUUGAGGUAUUUUUGUACAUUUGGAAAUGAGUUUCACCUCUAAAUAUUCUUAUUCCAAGGGUUUAUCUUGUAUUUUAUUUAUGGCUUUAAUGGAGGGUUUGAUAGCAAACCUCAGUUAUGCCAAGAGGGAUAAUGGGAAAAUUGUUCCCUGUUCAAAUCAAUAAAAACUCUGAUUUUA